GCUGCUCUGCUGGCCAUGGCGCUCAGCCCCCCGCCCGCCGCCGCCCUGCCCUGCGGUGCCCACUGCCCAGCGGGUACCUUCGUGGUGAGCGGCGGCUGCGGGAACGGCGCCAGCUGCCGGCAGUGCCCCCCCGACACCUUCUCCGCCGCGGCGGGGCUCAGCGCCUGCACCCUCUGCAGGAAAUGCGAAGGAAAAUUCAAAUACUUAAAAGCGUGUUCUUCAAAAAGCGAUGCCGAAUGCACGUGCAAGGAGGGGUAUCGCUGCAGCGGCGUGGGCUGCUCCCGCUGCGACCGAAGCUGCGGGGUGGGCCAGGAGAGCACCAGGAGUGGUUGCCAAACUUGUCGCUAUGGAACUUUUAAUGAUCAGCCCAAUGGCUCCUGUAAAAACUGGACAAAGUGCUCUGCAGACCAGGUUCUGGAGCCUGGAACUGCAGAAAAAGAUGUUGUUUGCAAACAUGCUUCAGCUAAUCCCACUUUAGUCACUACCCUACCUACCACAUCUCCUGCAGUUCCAUUUUCUAUCACCGUGCCAGGGAACGACCUCCAGACAGACAUGAUCAGAAUUUCUCUGACUGUAGCUGGGCUGUUGUGCAUAGUGUUUCUGCUGCCUUCAUGUGUGUGCUUCAGCAUCUGGCAGAAAAAGAAACUACACGCUGUCUUCAAGAAAAUGCAUACCACACCUGACCAGUCGAUUCAAGAAGAUGAUGCCUGCAGCUGCCGCUUUCCUGAGGAAGAACAAGGUGAAUAUCAGGUCCAUGGCAAAUCCACAGAAUUCAGAGAUCUUUUGGUGAACUAGGAAUUGGACUUUCCAGGUCAACCACAUUUGAAUUUCCUUUUGGAACACGGAACGAGAACCUGUUUAUAUAAACAGAAAGGGUAUCAGAAUCUGUGAGUUUCACAGCUCACUGUGGCAAAAGUGCAUCUUUUCUAUCUCUUAAAAAAUAAAAAUAAAUAAAAAUGCCUAGUUUGCUGAUUUUCUUCCUCUAGGACUAGGAAUCCAAUUUUUAAGAAGUGGUACUUGAUCUUCAUCUAGAAAGAUGUACUGCAUUUAAAAGCAGUAAUAGAAGGGCAUAAUAGUUUCAUAAUAGCUUGCAUCUGCUGCUGUCGUAUUACAGCGACUGGCUUAGGAGAGGCAGUGGAAACACUGAGAGAAGCUGUGGUUGACUUGAUCUUAGAAAUAGAUGUUACUGCGCAGCUGGACUGCACCACCUUCAGUCCUGCAUUAUUCAACUUUGAUCUUUUAGGUGAUGUAAACACACCAUAUAUGCUGCAGAUGUGGUACAUGUAGCUGUGAUACGUUUCUGGUGCUAUUUUCGUAACUCUGAGGUUGGAAAGAUUUUAACAUUUGACACUGUAUCUGUCUCUCUGAUCAAUUACUGUUACUUUGGUCUUGAAGAGAAAAAAGAAAAUGCAUGUUUGAGUCAUGGCAUUCGCAACAUCAUUUUUAACCUUUUACAGAACCAAAUAUUUGAUUUUUUCGGUAAAUGUUACUCAAAAAAAAAAUAGAACGAAAACCCACCAGAAAUGUAAGGGGUGAUUUUCCCCUCUAUGUGAUCUCAAACUUAGAGAAUGCUCUUCUUGUGUUUGAAGAAUGACAGCCCAUCACUCCGGCAAAAGAUUAUGAUAGCAGAUUAUUUUUAUCAACCUACACUUACACAUUUUGAUAACUUUUAUAGAUACUGUUUUAUAUUUACUUCUAAGAAAAUAAAUGUCAUACCAAAGCCUGAA